CCGCCGUCCUCUGUCUGAUGACACAGUUAGCAGUGGAGAGUGAAACAUGGCCGGUAGAGGAGGAAAACAGAGCCGCUCGGGUCCUGGUCUUUCGGGUAGAAAAGGUGCAGAUGAGCAGGAGGAAGAGGAGCAGCCGCUGCAGGCUGUUCUAGUCGCUGACAGCUUCAACCGGAGGUUUUUCCCGGUGACCAAAGACCAGCCGAGGGCUCUGCUGCCGCUGGGUAACGUUGCCAUGAUCGACUACACGCUGGAGUUCCUCACGUCCACCGGAGUGCAGGAGACGUUUGUCUUCUGCUGCUGGAUGGCCAGUAAGAUCAAGGAACACCUGCUGAAGUCGAAGUGGUGUCGACCCACGUCUCCAAACACAGUCCACAUCAUCACCUCAGAGCAGUACCGCUCCCUGGGGGAUGUGCUCAGGGAUGUUGAUGCAAAAUCCCUUCUACGCUCAGACUUUCUGUUGGUCUACGGAGACGUGGUGUCGAAUAUUGACAUCAGUCAGGCGCUGCAAGAGCACAGGUAUCGCCGAAAGAUGGAGAAGAACAUCUCAGUGAUGACGAUGAUGUUCAAGGAAUCAUCUCCAGGUCACAAGUCCCGCUGCGAGGAAGACGAUGUCAUCGUCGCUAUGGACAGCAAGAGCCAGCGGAUUUUACACUACCAGAAGACACAAGGGCUGAAGAGGCUGCAGUUCCCCAUGAACAUUUUCCACAGUGGAAGUGAUGAGUUUGAAAUCAGACACGACCUCCUGGACUGUCACAUCAGCAUCUGCUCCCCGCAGGUUGCUGAGCUCUUCACUGACAAUUUCGACUACCAGACUAGGAAUGACUUUGUCAGAGGGAUGUUGGUCAACGAAGAGAUUCUGGGCAACCAGAUACACAUGCAUGCCACCAAGGACGGUUACGGCGUCCGAGUGUCGAACCUCCUCAUGUACGACUCUGUGUCGUCGGACCUCGUGCGGCGGUGGGUCUACCCGCUCACCCCCGAGGCUAACUUCGUUGACCAGAAGGGACGAAGCUGCACGUUUUCUCGCCACAACGUCUACCGAGGCUCUGGCGUCAGCCUGGGCCACGGCAGCCAGAUGGCGGAGAACGUUCUCAUCGGCUCCGACACUAGCAUCGGCGCCAACUGUUACAUUUAUAACAGCGUCAUCGGGAACAAUUGCACCAUCGGUGACGAUGUAACGCUGGAUCAUGCCUACAUCUGGAAUAAUGUGCACAUUGCCAGCAACGUGGUGAUCAGCCAGUCUGUGGUCUGCGACAAGGCUGAGGUCAAAGAAGGCGUGAAGCUGAAUAAACAGUGUGUCCUGGCGUAUAAUGUGGCGAUUGGACCAAACAUCUCUCUACCCGAGGGCACCGUGGUGUCCAUGCACCAUCCAGAGGAGGAAGAGGAGGAGGACGACGACGAAUUCCUGAGUGACGACGCCGAAGUUGGUCACAGCAAAGACAAAACAAAACUGAAAGUGUUUAACCCAGCGGAGGUUGGAGCGGAGGGAAAAGGUUACAUCUGGAAGGCCAGCAGUCUGGACGACACAGAGGAUGAAGAGCUGUCGCAGUGUCUCUGGGGUUUGGUGUUGAAUCCCGACCCUGAGAGUGAAAGUGAGGACAGCGAGCCCGAUGAUGCUGACGACCCGGUGAUCCCGUCCCCCGAGAUGGACGAUGUCAACGUCUUCCAUAUGGAGGUGCUGGGGACUCUGCAGAGAGGCUUGGAGGAAAACAUCAGCUUUGACAAUCUUGUCCUCGAGAUCAACUCUCUCAAGUACGCCUACAACAUCACUCUGAAAGAGGUAAUGCAGAUUUUAACCAGAGUGGUGCUGGAGUAUCCUUUCCAGCAGCAAGGCCCACAGCUUACCACGUCACAAUACGCUGGUCUGCUCAUACCGUUGCUGGACAAAUGGGCGCCGGUGUUUAAGAACUACGUGAAGAGAGCACAGGACCAUCUGGACUGUCUGUCUGCCUUCGAGGAGCACUUCCUGGAGCAGGAGACUCACUGGGCUGCUAUGGUCAAGGUCCUGAUGAGCAUGUACCAGCACGAGAUCCUGGAGGAGGAGAUGAUACUACGUUGGUUCUCCCAGGGAGCCACUACCGACAAGAGCAGACAGCUCCGCAAGAACCAGGGGCUUCAGAAGUUCAUCCAGUGGUUGAAGGAGGCCGAGGAGUCAUCAGAGGAGGAAGGGGAAUAACGAGGAGCACUUAAAUAAAGGACAAAUAUGAAAAACUUGAAAACUGUUGUUUUGAAUAAAGGGAUUCAGGCAGUUGGUUUUACCCUCCACAGCAGCUUUCUGCCACUAAUAUCCACCAGGAUGUUUCUCUGUACAGUUCAAGCCGAUAUACAUUUUAUCACACAGCGCCACGUCAUGUAAGGGCUGUGUGUUAUGAGCGUCAAUAUCCAAAUAAAGAAGAAAGACCCUCAAACUGCUUGGAAAUGUA